AUGUCUGGAGACGGCGAGACUCCCAGCCCCAUGAAGGCACCCGCCGGCAAACAGCGCAAGUUGAAGCGUAUUAUGGACUCGGAUGACGAGGCCGACUCGCCUGUUAAGGCCAAACCUGAGACUACUGCACCUGUUGCCUCCAUCUUCAACAUGGCGAAGCCUAAGGCGCCUUCGCCCAAGGAGGCCGCUAAGGAAGAGACCAAGCCCGCAAAACCCUCGUCACAAAACGGCAAACCGCUUGCUUCUAUCUUCCAGAAGCCUGUCAAGGUGGAGAAGCCGAAGGAUGACGAAGAGCACGUCCCCGUCGAGGAGGAAGAGGGUGAGGAUGAGAUCAGCGACGAGGAGAUGGAGGAGCAGGAGGAGAAAGCUGCCAGCAAGCUCGUCCCCUACGCCGCCCUCGUGUCGACUUUCGAGAAGAUUGAGGCUACCACGAAACGAUUGGAGAUCCUCCAGAUCCUCACGCAGUUCCUGCUGGUCGUUGCAAAGCGUGACCCGGCGAAGGAUGCGAAGACCUCUAACCUGCUGAAGGUCGUCUAUCUGUGUAUCAACCGCCUCUGCCCCGACUACGAGGGUACGGAGCUGGGCAUUGGAGAGUCGCUCCUGGUGAAGGCCAUUGCUGAGAGUACCGGACGCAAUGCCAACAAGAUCAAGGAGGACCUGCGCAAGGAGGGCGACCUGGGCAAGGUCGCCAUGGUGAGCGGAAGCUCGCGUCCUCAGCUGACAUCAGAAUUCCCGAAACGUUCAGCCGACGAUGUUCAAGCCCAAGCCUCUGACUGUUCCGUCCGUCUUCCAGAGCCUUACGGAUAUUGCCAAGGUGUCGGGCAACUCGCACGCAAAGUUGGUAUCAUCAAGAAAUUGCUGUCGGCGUGCCAGGGAACGGAGGCCAAGUUCAUUAUCCGCAGUUUGGAAGGCAAGCUUCGGAUAGGUCUCGCUGAGCGAUCACUUGUUGUUGCUCUCGCACACGCCAUGGUGCUGAAGGAGCUGGGAGACAAGAAGGUCUCUCCCGAGAAGCUCGCUCAGAAGUUGGAGGAAGGAUCAGAGGUCGUCAAACAGGUGUACAGGUGGGUACACCCCAAGUGUUGGCAUAUCUGA